UCAGUCAUUAAAAAUCUGCCGUACGAUGAACGUGUAUUAAUUGAAAUCACAAAUUUUUAUAUUUUUUAUAUUAUUUUAUUUACCAUUGGGGAACUGAAAUCUUAGUGAUUUUUUUUUGGGAAUCUAAAUUUUAAGUGUUAUCAAUAUGAGGGAAAUCGUUCAUAUUCAGACUGGACAAUGCGGCAACCAGAUUGGCGCAAAGUUCUGGGAAGUGAUUUCCGACGAGCAUGGGAUCGACCCGACGGGUGCCUACCAAGGAGACUCCGACCUGCAGCUAGAACGAAUCAACGUCUACUACAACGAGGCUUCUGGCGGCAAAUACGUGCCCAGAGCCGUCCUAGUAGACCUCGAACCAGGCACCAUGGAUUCAGUAAGAGCUGGGCCUUUUGGCCAGCUCUUUCGACCGGAUAACUUCGUCUUUGGACAGUCGGGCGCCGGCAAUAACUGGGCGAAAGGGCACUACACCGAAGGCGCAGAAUUGGUUGACUCUGUCCUAGAUGUGGUAAGAAAGGAAGCUGAAGGCUGCGAUUGUCUCCAAGGCUUCCAGCUGACACAUUCGCUCGGAGGCGGGACCGGAUCCGGAAUGGGCACGUUACUUAUCUCGAAAAUCAGAGAAGAGUACCCUGAUCGCAUUAUGAAUACGUUCUCAGUCGUUCCAAGCCCUAAAGUUUCAGAUACGGUGGUAGAACCGUAUAAUGCUACGCUAUCAGUGCAUCAGUUGGUGGAAAAUACAGAUGAGACGUUUUGUAUUGAUAAUGAGGCGCUAUAUGAUAUCUGCUUUAGAACGCUGAAGCUAAGCACGCCGACGUAUGGUGAUCUGAAUCAUUUAGUGUCGGCGACUAUGUCCGGAGUGACGACUUGUUUAAGAUUCCCUGGGCAGUUGAAUGCUGAUUUGAGGAAGCUAGCGGUCAAUAUGGUUCCCUUUCCGAGGCUGCACUUCUUUAUGCCUGGCUUUGCGCCACUAACUUCACGCGGAAGUCAACAGUAUAGAGCUCUGACAGUCCCAGAGCUAACGCAGCAGAUGUUUGACGCUAAAAACAUGAUGGCGGCGUGCGAUCCACGCCACGGUCGCUACCUUACCGUUGCUGCUAUCUUCCGCGGCCGCAUGUCUAUGAAAGAAGUUGACGAGCAGAUGCUCAACAUCCAGAACAAGAACAGCACGUAUUUCGUGGAAUGGAUUCCUAAUAAUGUGAAAACCGCUGUGUGCGACAUACCCCCUCGCGGCUUAAAAAUGUCUGCUACGUUUAUUGGAAAUACUACAGCUAUCCAAGAACUUUUCAAGAGAAUAUCUGAACAAUUCACAGCCAUGUUUAGGCGGAAGGCUUUCCUUCACUGGUACACUGGUGAAGGUAUGGAUGAGAUGGAGUUCACGGAGGCUGAAAGCAACAUGAAUGAUCUGGUCUCUGAAUACCAGCAGUACCAGGACGCCACGGCUGAUGACGAAGGAGAGUUCGACGAAGAUAUUGAAGAAGAAUAAGUGUUUUGUGUCCGUUUUGUCUAACCGUUGUGUUGUCACUGUAUAAGCAAUUGUAUUUGUAAUAAAUAUCUAUUAGAA